GCGCAAACUGGCAACCCUGCCCGAAGCUAACUUCGCACUGAAAUUAUCCUCCUUCCGUCGCGUCUUCUGUUGCACCUGACCAGCUGCAAACCUUGUCAUGGCCGGAAAAAGAGCCUUGGUCAUCCUCUCCAAGGGUGCGGAGGAGAUGGAGACCGUUAUCCCCGUGGACAUCAUGCGGAGGGCCGGGAUUACAGUGACGUUGGCAGGGCUGACGGGUAAAGAGCCCGUGCAGUGCAGCAGAAAUGUCAUGAUCUGUCCCGAUGCAAGCUUGGAGGAUGCCAGAAAACAGGGCCCCUUUGAUGUGGUGCUUCUUCCUGGGGGAAUGCCAGGGGCACAAAAUCUUGCAGAGUCUCCUGCUGUGAGCGAGGUGCUGAAGGACCAAGAUGGCAGGAAAGGCCUUAUUGCGGCCAUCUGUGCAGGUCCCACAGCCCUUUUGGCGCAUGGCAUCGGCUACGGGAGCACAGUGACCACACAUCCGGCUAUGAAGGACAAGAUGAUGGCUGGAGAUCACUAUAAAUAUUCUGAGGCUCGAGUGCAGAAGGAUGGCCAUUACAUCACCAGCCGUGGGCCCGGAACCAGUUUCGAAUUCGCCCUGGCAAUCGUAGAGGAGCUUCUGGGGGCUGAGGUUGCCGCUCAAGUCAAGGCUCCGCUCGUUAUGAAAGAGUGAGUGAGCUUCACAUCCGCUCGCAGGCCGCAACUCUGGGCACGCCCGCGCAAUCUGCUGAGUUCUAUUGUAAAAUUCUGGCAUUAUUUUUUUUAUCCAUUUUCUGCUUCAGUUCACGGAUCCAAAAAUACUCAAUUUGGGGUCUAAUUGUUGUUCAGCUAAUUUCGGUAAAAGAAAUGAGAAACCACUAAGUUUGAGAACUUCAUAAAAAACUGAAAUAGCUCCUAAAAGGGGAAAAUAUCCAGAUUUACCCGAUGAUACUAUAAGAUGACUAAUCACUGCAAAGAACAGGAUUUCUGAAUAACCUUUAAUAAAGUAGGUGUGACAGCAA